AUGGUUGUUGAAGCUGGGGGUUAUGAGUCAUUAACAUUUGAUGAGCGAGAUGCACGAAAUUACAUUGACAGAGCUAGAAAAUUAAGGCUUGGAGAAGGAGAUUCCGAUGCACUUCAAAAAUAUUUUUUGAGGAUGCAUGCACAAAAUUCGAGUUUCUAUUAUAUGAUUGAUGUUGAUACUGACUUUCGCAUAAGAAACUUGUUUUGGGCGGACGCAAUGAGUCGGGCGGCUUACAAAGAAUUUGGAGAUGUUGUUUCAUUUGACACAACUUACCUCACUAAUAAAUAUGAUAUGCCAUUUGCUCCGUUUGUAGGAGUUAACCACCAUGGACAGUCGAUUUUGCUUGGUUGUGGGCUGUUAUCCAGUGAAGACAUUGAUACAUUUGUUUGGCUACUCAAAUCAUGGUUAAAUUGCAUGUCAGAUCAUCCCCCAAAAGCUAUAAUAACUGAUCAGUGCAAAGCUAUGCAAAAUGCGAUAGAAAUUGUCUUCCCCAAUACUCGACAUCGAUGGUGUUUAUGGCAUAUCAUGAAGAAAAUUCCGGAGAAAUUGAAAGGGUAUUCCCAAUAUGAAUCCAUGAAGAUGGAUUUGCAAAAUGCAGUGUAUGACACAUUCACAAAAGAUGAAUUCGAGAUGAAAUGGAAAGACAUGAUUGCAAAAUUCAAUCUUUAUGAGAAUCGAUGGUUGGGGGUGUUAUAUGAUGAGCGACAGCGAUGGGUUCCUGUAGAGAAAGAGAAGAAAGCUGACUUCAAGUCUCGGCACAAAGUCUUUGAUUGCCUAACUGUGUAUGGCUUUGAGAAGCAAUUUCAGGAUGCGUACACCAAUGCAAAAUUCAAAGAAGUUCAAGCAGAGAUGAAGAGACUAGUUUAUUGUCAGCCGUUUAUGGUCAAAGAAGAGGGUUCAAUUUGUACAUAUUUUGUAAAGGAAGCUAUGGUACUUUUUGGGAAGAUGAAGCAUGUGGACUUUGUUGUCUAUUAUAAUUCGACCGAAUUUGAUGUGCAAUGUAUGUGCCGGUUGUUUGAAUUUAGGGGCAUCAUGUGUGCUCACUCACUCGUUGUGCUCAUUGCAAGAUGUAUAAAUGAGGUCCCAAAUAAAUACAUUCUACCACGAUGGAGAAAAAAUUUGGAUAGAGGGUACACAUGCAUAAAAACCACAUACGCUGGCUUUGGGGAUGAUUUCAAUGCAAAGGUGUAUGAGAAGAUGAAUACAAAAUUGGUUGGCAUUGUACAAUUUGCUGGGAACUGUGAAGGGAAAAUAAAACUUAUCGACCGUGGGUUGGAUGAAAUCAAGGCAAAAGUGAUGAAAGAUGAUGAAGGUGAUGGGAGUAAUGUAGCACCUUCGACUAGUAAUCAUUAA